AAGAAGAGGAGAAGGACUCCCGGAACCGCAGACGCAGAGACCGGAUCCGGGACCCUGAGAGACCGGGACUGUUGUUUGACCCCUUGACGUGACGCGCUCCUCAGCGCGCGUUCAUCCGGGCUGUUUGACCAACUCCCCUCGUAGACGCUGUCUUGUUGCUGCAACCCGAGACCCGAGAGGCUCAGGUGGAUCAUCCUGGUUAUUUAUUCAGCGACGUUAAUCCUCCGCCUGCUGACCGCGACGCCGCCAUGUUCGCCUCCGACGAGCUGCGGCCGGCGACCAGUGGCAGGAAGCCGCUGGGGAAGCUGGCGUCCCGGCUGGAGGAGGUGAAGAACCCGUGGCGGCAGGUGUCCACGCUGGAGCUGAGCCACAACGAGGCGGCGCGACUGGCCACGGACGCGCUGCUGGAGCACGGAGAGAACGAGUACCGCAGGGUUCUGGUCCAGGAGCGCGAGGUGAACUUCCUGUCCCAGCCGGAGAUCCAGUACAUCACCCAGCAUGUGGCCAGCAAGGCCUGCGGCUCCGGGAGCAACGGCUUCACCGAGCGCGACAUCGAGGACGGGGACGCCGUGUCCGAGCUCACCUCCGGGACCUACUUCCCCAUGAUGUCCGACGAGGAGCCCCCGCUGCUGGAGCUGGGCUGGCCCGGAGCCCCGGUGCGAUACGCGCCGUCCGAGACCAAGAUCUACUUCCAGAGAGACAAGUCCCACAACAUCAAAGACAUCAUCAGGUCCCUGAUCAACCAGGCCAAAAAGGUGAUCGCAGUGGUGAUGGACGUGUUCACCGAUGUGGACCUGAUGUGUGACCUCAUGGAGGCGUCCAACAAGCGGAGAGUCCCCGUCUACAUCCUGCUGGACGAGCGAAGCCUCUGUAGUUUCACAGACAUGUGCUCAGCGCUGGACAUUCAGAACUCCCACCUGAGUAACAUGCGCCUCCGCAGUGUUUGUGGUGACACAUACUGCACCAAGAGUGGCAAGAAGUUCACCGGUCAGGUACUGGAGAAGUUCAUGAUCAUUGACUGUGAGGAGGUCAUCGCUGGCUCAUACAGCUUCACCUGGCUGUCAGCUCAGGUUCACACCAACAUGGUGAUGCAUUUCUCAGGUCACCUCACUGAAAUUUUUGACCGGGAGUUUCGGUGUCUGUACGCCGACUCACAGAUCAUCGACGGUUUCUACAAUCCUGAUGAAGACGGGAUGCCUUACUACCCCUCCUACCAAAGUAUAGUGACUAGUCCAGCCAUGGGGGCCAGCCGUGGGCUGGGGCUGGAUUUACUUGCUGAUAGACCCCGGGACAGGGCGUGCUCUGAAAACUCUAGCAGCCACUCAAGUAACAGUGUCUCCAGCGUGAAAAUGGCGCCUGGAAUGGCUUCAAAUGCAAUCUUUAAAGUUACAAAUGACAAGAAGGAGCCUGUGACUUCAUCUUAUUUGAGCCCACAGAGGAGAGAUGGAGGACAAACCGCCGGGGCCGCACGGGGUCCUGCCAACGCAGCUGUGGGCCACACACCAGUUCUUGAGCGUUCUCCUCCAGCGUAUGUUCAGCCCAAUGCCACCGACUGGAACAAGCCCAACUCUGCAGACGGCAAGCGCUCUAAUAUUGGUGGUGUGAGCUCAAAAAUCCAGGGACUAACACUGUAUGACAACAAACAGAGUAUGUACCACAGCACCCCCAACUCAAACCUGAGCCCCAAUGCCCAAACACCGUCCCCGGUAAAUGACAGCAAACUCGCCCCCAAGCAGAGAUCUUCCUCCAACCAGUUUCUCAACAAGCUCUUCCCACAACCAUUCUCAAAGGACAAAGAUUCCUACAGCUUCUGUAGGUCGCCAUCCCCUCAUGGCCCCUCACCCUGGGGGGGGCCAGAUCUUUCUCAGCCUGAGCUAGAAAGUCCCCCACCUCCAGCCACUUUCAUGAACCGGCACGACAAUAAGCGAAUGACGCUGGGUCACAGCAAACUGGAACUGGUAAACCAGUACAACAGGAGGCCGAAGCCGGUGUACAGCCGCUUCGAGCUGAAGAGCACGAAUUAAUGCUAGAAGUGACCUUCUCAGUAAAACUCCAGAGUUCUUCUGUGCAUAUCAGAGAGGACCUGCCUGCUGUUUUUCACAAGUGAAAUGUUCUUGAUUGUCUUUCAGAACUCUGAUAGCAUCAGGAGCACCAGCGACUGCCAUAUUGGCUCAAAUGCAAAGUUUUCCUCUUGAUUCUGCUUCUUUGAACAUGUCAGGAGAAGCCACACGUACUUGGAUCAUGAAGCAUUUGUUCUCAGCGUUUACAAGAAUGUUUGUACCCUGAUUUUUGGAAACAAAAGUAAGGAUACUGCAGAAGAACAGUUGUGAAUUUGUGCCUACAACACUCCAGACCUUCCAUUUUUGAGACAGUUAGGAUCUUGAAAGACUCGUUCUCACCUUUAACACAUCAGAAAAAAUUGUACAUUAGAGGGGGGAAAGUUUUAAAAUAUUCUUAAAAAAUUGUGAAACUUGUGAGUAUUUGCGUUCUCAGAGUUUAGCUGAAGUGAUAGAACACUUGUCCUAAACUCACAAAUACAAGGUAGUUUUUGAUCACUAUUUUGUUUCUUUUUGUAUUUUAGAGCUAUUUGUGCGUAUGAGGGGAAGUUCUGAUGACUGGAAAGUUAUACAUUUCUGUCUUUUCAGAAUCCUAUAAAACACUUGAUGUGUGAGGUUGGCAUUAAAAUGAGCCUUGCUUGUUCAGUUCUGGUCACCUUUGGGAUGAACUGCAACGCCUCCAGAAUAAGAAUUUUCCUGAACAGACUUCUACUGUUCUAGGAUUAGUGUGUAAAGAAGGGUUUUGCUGUAAAAGUCUGGAGUUGGCAGAAUUGUCUGCAGCACAUGUGGAGCUCCUUAUCCAUCGUUUGCCUUUAAACCAGUGAACAAAUGCCGGUUCACAAAACUACCUUUCUAGAAAAACUUCAGGAGAACAAAGUGUUGACUUUCAGCUGGUGGCACUAAGCAAUAAAGAGAAGUCUUAAUAUCUCUGUAAGUGUUUGUGUAUUUGUCAUAUUUCCAUGUUUCCAGUCUUUUGCUGUCCUGAUGUGUUUCUUUUUUCAGCCUGACAGCACUUGUUAGCAGUUUUCCAUUCUCUUGUGUUCUGCACUACAUGGACAGACUGUUGGGAAUUUGGGUUUUUUGGAAAAAUAAAAGCUUUUGACUUGAA